GAAUGAGUCGAGCAAAGCUCGAUGAUUCUCAUCGUUCAACACCUUUGACUGAACCACAGAAUUAUUGGGGAUUUGCUAAUUUUCCUAAUCAAGUAUUUCGCAGAGCAAUCAAACAUGGCUUUAAUUUUACGUUAAUGGUUGUAGGACGAAGUGGACUAGGCAAGUCCACAUUCAUAAAUACACUUUUCUUAGCGGAAAUUAACGACUUAAAAGUUCCACCACCACCUUGUGGCUCUACAGUACGAAUCGAAGAGAAGAAU